CAGUUGGCAGUUCAUCGAGAGAAUGGCCGAGUCUGAAACCGGAGAAUUCCACGGAAACACGUAACCUCUGCUGUUGGUCACCACCAAACCCCGAAGGCCGAAACCCCCAUCCUCCACCUCCAGCAACGAACUCUCUCCCGCGAAUCCUCGUCUCCCAAGCCUGCAAUUCAUCCCCACCCAAAUCCAACUGCAGAUCCUCUCCUAGGUGGUCGCAAACCCUAGCCCGAUGAAGCCGAUCCGGCUGCCCGAGCCCCCCGGCACCGGAAUGGAGACCCCGGAGAUCUUCACCGGCGGCGGCGCCAACGUCGUCCGCCGCGCCGUCGCCAUCGCCAGCGGCUCCCCCAGCGCCGACAGCCAGUGUGUCGGCCUCGUCCGCGCCCUCGGCCUCGCCGACAACCUCACCCUCUACCGCGUCACGAGGCCCAGCGGCGGGAUCAACGAGUGGCUGCACUUCCUCCCAGUUUCCAUGCACAAGCUAAUCGACCAACUGCUCAGGCAGCUCUUUCGCAACACCAGGUUUGCGCUGGUGGUUCAGGGGAGGAAGCCGUACCGCGUCCCCAAUGGCGGAUAUGUAGGUUUGUCUUCUGUUCUGGAGGUGGAUACCAAGAGGAUCGUCGCCACGGCUCGCGAUACAUUCGACAAGGAAGGCCCAACAUUAGUUGUUGCCUGUGGAUGGGACACCAUAUCAUAUUCAAGUUCAAUUAGGCAUUUGGCUUCAGAUAACGUGUUUGUCAUUCAGAUACAGCAUCCCAGGUCUCGCCUUGAUAGGUUUGAUUUGGUGGUCACUCCUCGUCAUGAUUACUAUGCUUUAACUGCGAGUGGGCAGCAAGAAGUUCCACGCCUGUUCCGGAGAUGGAUCACUCCACAAGAACCCCCUGGGAGGAAUGUGGUGCUUACUGUCGGUGCACUACACCAAGCUGAUUCUGCUGCACUAAGACUUGCUGCUAUAGCCUGGCAUGAUGAACUUGCCCCGUUACCGAAGCCAUUGCUGAUUGUCAACAUUGGAGGACCCACGAGUAAUUGUAAAUAUGGUGUUGACCUUGCUAGGCAGCUCAUAACUUCACUGGAUAAUGUGCUAGACAGCUGUGGGAGUGUCAGAAUUUCAUUCUCUAGGAGAACACCAAAAAAGGUCUCUGAUAUUAUAUUUAAAGAGUUUGCUGAACAUCCUAAGGUCUAUAUUUGGGAUGGGGAAGAACCUAACCCACACCUGGGCCAUCUUGCGUGGGCUGAUGCUUUUGUCGUAACAGCAGACUCAAUAAGUAUGCUAAGUGAGGCCUGCAGCACAGGGAAGCCUGUUUAUGUUAUUGGGACCGAGCAUUGCAAAUGGAAGUUUUCCGCUUUCCACAAGAAUCUACGGGAAAAAGGGGUCGUCCGCCCUUUCACUGGAUUGGAAGAUAUUUCAAAUAGCUGGAGCUACCCUCCCUUAAAUGAUGCUAUUGAAGUAGCUACACGUGUUCGUGAGGUGAUUGCAGAACGAGGCUGGACAGUGGGAUAAUAAUGAUCAUACUUAGGAUAGGUGUGUAUUAUUCUGUGCCAACUUCUCUUCUGAGCUCAUGCAGUAAAUUAUAUAGUUUGAUUAACAGAGUCACGUGGAUUUGAGGAUGAAUAAUCAUAUAGGGAUAGCCAUGGAAUGGCUUGUACACAAGCUGAGAGUUUUUGUGGUACUCUCUACCCCAAUUUUUGAGCGAUUGCACAGUUCCCAGGAAAUGUAUUCAUUUUGGCACCGUCUUGCCUCUUCAUGUACUUGUAAAGCUGAUGGAAAGAAACCAACAGAACUGGAAGUGAAACUUCAGUCUGCUCUAGGCUUAUGGCCUACUCUUGUUGUGUUCUUCAAGUCAUUGAUCCCCUUGCUACAAAA